CUUGCGCACUUUGGGCAGUGCCCGGCGGAACCACGCCUUUUCCGCUAACCGCGCGGCCUGCGCUUCCGGCGUGUUUGAAAGAGCUCUUGUGGUUGCUGCUAUCUUAACUCCUGUGCUUGGGGGCCAGACAGUCGAGAUGGCGGCAGAGGUGUUGCCGAGUGCGAAGUGGCUGUAUUGUGGGGCGCCCGCUGGGAGCCAGAGAGCUGCACUGGUCCAGUUCUCCAACGGGAAGCUGCAGAGUCCAGGCAACAUGCGCUUUACCUUGUAUGAGAACAAAGAUUCCACCAACCCCAGGAAGAGGAAUCAACGGAUCCUGGCAGCUGAAACAGAUAGGCUUUCCUAUGUGGGAAACAAUUUUGGGACUGGAGCCCUCAAAUGCAACACUUUGUGCAGGACACUAUUUGUAAGCCUUCCACUUGACUUUUCUUUCUGUCUGUUUUUGUCUGUUUUGAUAGAUGAAUCAAUUGAGAGUGAACUGGUACAAGAGAGUCAGACCAAAACUUACAGAGAAAAGAUGGAUUCUUGUAUUGAAGCCUUUGGUACCACCAAACAGAAACGAGCUCUGAACGCCAGAAGAAUGAACAAAGUUGGCGGUGAUUCUUUGAAUCGUGCAGUGGCUAAAGCUGCAGAGACUAUCAUUGAUACAAAGGGUGUGACUGCUCUGGUCAGUGAUGCUAUCCACAAUGACUUGCAAGAUGACUCCCUGUACCUUCCUCCCUGCUAUGAUGAUGCAGCCAAGCCUGAAGACGUGUAUAAAUUUGAAGAUCUUCUUUCCCCUGCGGAGUAUGAAGCUCUUCAGAGUCCAUCUGAAGCUUUCAGGAACAUCACAUCAGAAGAAAUACUGAAGAUGAUUGAGGAGAACAGCCAUUGCACGUUCGUCAUAGACGCACUGAAGUCUUUGCCAUCAAAUGUGGAGAGCCGAGACCGUCAGGCCCGGUGCAUAUGGUUUUUGGAUACCCUCAUCAGAUUUCGAGCUCAGAGGGUAGUAAAGCGGAAAAAUGCUCUGGGACCUGACAUUCCCCACAUCAUCAACACCAAACUGCUGAAGCACUUUACCUGCUUGACGUACAACAAUGGCAGUUUACGGAACUUAAUUUCGGAUUCUAUGAAGGCGAAGAUUACUGCAUAUGUGAUCAUACUUGCCUUGCACAUAAAUGACUUCCAAAUUGACCUGACAAUGUUACAGAGGGACUUGAAGCUCAGUGAGAAAAGGAUGAUGGAGAUAGCCAAAGCCAUGAGGCUGAAGAUCUCCAAAAGAAGGGUGUCUGUGGCCGCCGGUGGUGAAGAAGAUCACAAACUGGGCACCCUGUCCCUCCCGCUGCCUCCCGCCCAGACCUCAGGCCACCUGUCAAAGCGGAGGAAGAUUACCUAGAUGCCUGCUUUCCAGACAGAUUUUGGCUGCAUCAUAGCCACAGGCUGGUCCUAUUCAUUUCCAUUCUUAUUUUUUAAAAAGGAAAGGUCCGGGCAUGGUGGCUCACACCUGAAAUCCCAGCAUUUUGGGAGGCUGAGGUGGGAAGAUCACUUGAGCUCAAGAGUUCGAAACCAGUUUGGGAAACAUAGGGAGACCUUGUCUCUACUGCAAAAAAUAAAAAAAUAAAAAGUCAGGCCUGGUGGUGUGUGCCUGUAAUCCCAGCUGAGGCAGGACAAUUACUUGAGCUUGGGAAAUCAAGGUUGCAGUGAGCUAUGAUUGCGUGGUCACACUCCAGCCUGGGCGAACAGAGAGAGACCUUGUCUCUAAAAAGUAAAAUAAGGAAAAAAAGAAGCGUUGCUUUGGCACAGGUAUGAAGCCAGAAGCCAGCAUCUCCACUGUGCUGUCCUAUGCAGAGGUAUAAAGUGAUGGCCAGGUUGGACUUCA